AUGGCGCAGUGGGUGACUACCUGUUUGGGCAUGACAAUGCGAACAUCGCAUGAUAAACGCAUCCAGCUGUUCGACCAUAUAUUUCAUGUCACCGUCAAAAUCGUACUUUGGCCUGUCAGCUUUGUAUGUGCUUGGUACCUCCCACAAAUACACAGCCUUUCGUGUAUUUUGUCAGACUUUGAGUUUACUGUGCUCGGAAUCCCGCCGCAACAUGAAACUGAAACCGUCCAACACAUUGCUUAUCCCGAAGGACGAAUGGUCGGGUCAGUCCCAUCCAGUUUCCUCGAUUUUGGCAGAUCCACGGAACAUGACCCAGGAGAACCACUCCACAGACAGACCAGUUCUCAUCGACCAUCAUCUGGGUUCCCAGUGGCACACAGACCUCUAGCAACGUCACCAAUGAUCUGCGUUAGCUCACGGGCUGCGGGACCACCCGUUCCACACACACAUGGAGACGAGUUUUUCAAGGGGUCAUCUACUUGCAGGAGCACUCGGGAGCCCACGGGCGUUGAGCAUUCGUUUCCUGUUGACCGAGUGAAAAGGCCGAGCAAACUGAGACAUUGCAUGGCCGCUAGAACCGGUAAAGUGGCAGGCGAGAAGGUUCCAUUCAGGUGCUUGGCAACCGAGAUAGUCGGGAACGAAGGAAGGCCACUCGAUGUAGGAAGCGCUCGGAAGGUUUCGAGAAAAAAAGGUUAUCCUGCCGCCAGACCAGUUAGGCUAGUUAGAGAGGUACCGAAGGAAAUCAGAUCAUUAGACAGGAAGUGUAGUAGGCACCGCAGCACGAAGGACUAG